CAGCCAAGCCCAGCCACAGCCAAGCCGAUCGAUUACAUCGACCACACGCACGCGCAGCAGCAGAACAGCUCGCAACGCCCUCGCAGCGAUGCGCCCGCCAGCGCUCCUCCUCGCCGCCCUGGCGUGGAACGCGCAAGCAGCCAUCCCCACGGCCACCUUAAAAUUAGAAGGCGGCGCGACGCUCGCGGUAGCCCCGGCCGCGCUCGGCUCCCUCUUGCCCCCGUCAAAAGCGCAAGCCUUGCAUGUAACCUUAAGAUGGGCCGGCGGCCUAGCGGAUGGCUGCGACCCGGGGGUCGCGAAGUGGCCGAGCGCGUCUGUACGAAGGGACGGCGUCGCCGUGUUGGCCGCGCGAUCGCCGAACUGCACCUUUAGCGAUCGGGUCCAGGCCGCCGCGCGAGCUGGACUGAGAGCGGUCGUCGUCUACAAUACGAUCGAAGGUAUAUAUAGGAAUAGAACUUAUGCCACGGACAAGUACGACUACGACUGUUCUCGCGGUUCAGGUGUCGUGUCAAAAUUCACGAAGGACGAGAAGAUGGACGGCUUCCGUAGCUCCCCUUGUGCUUCGGAGUGCGAUUCCGGGAGGUGCUUGCUCACGGGCAAGAAGAUCGGGAGUACGAACGAGAUCUGCUGCGCCUGGGACACGUACACGACCAUGUCCGGCGAUCCGACUUUGAACGUGGACGCGGUCUUCAUUAGUAUGAGAGACGCUGAUGUUUUAAGAGCAUCACCUUUGUUACAGAUGCCGGCGCCGAACGCCCUACCUUCACAGUUAUGGGACGACAACCAGGAGGGCUUCCUGUCCUGGUCCGGCGUCCUGAUCUGGUUACUUGGGGUGUGUACGUGUGCCUACGCUUCCCAUAAAUCUUGCGAUGACGUGAGAAAAAAACGGCGGCUGCCGACGCACCAACCCGCUGCGAUCGAGGAGACCGACGACGAAGACGAGCCCUCCUUCGACCUGACACCUUUGCAUGCGGUGGGUUUCAUCGUCAUCGCGUCGAUGGCGCUGGUCGUGUUGUUCUUCUUCGACCUGCACAUGAUCGUGGUCUUCAUGUAUGCGGUCUCGGCGGCGUCGACGUCAGCCGCGGUCGUCUGGCGGCCCUUGCUGAAGAAGUGCCUCUCUUCUAGAUAUACGGUGGAUUUACCUAGAAUAGGUGAGGUAGCUCUGUUGGAUCUCAUCUCCGGCAUUUGCGGCGUGACCAUAGCGGUCUGGUGGUUGUGUGUCCAGAAUGCUUCAUAUGCCUGGUUAUUUCAAGAUUUAUUUGGGAUUUGUCUGUGCGUCCUCUUUUUGAGUGUCAUCAAGCUGUCUUCACUGAGAGUAGCGUCCUUAUUAUUGUGUAUGGCUUUCUGCUACGACAUCUUCUUCGUCUUCAUAUCUCCGCACCUGUUCGGGGAAAGCGUCAUGGUGCGAGUGGCCACAGGAAAAGCCCCUACGAAAGACGCGGACUACUGCGAGAAGUACCCCGACGACAAAGAUUGCCAGUCCCAGUCGUUGCCCAUGUUAUUACUACUCCCUCGAUUCGAUGGUCUUAGUGGAUACACGAUGCUAGGCUUGGGCGACAUCGUUCUGCCUGGGUUGUUGGUAGCCUUCGCGGCGCGCUGCGACGCCUGCGCGCUACAGAGAAGAUACUUCCCGCUCAUGGUCUGCGGCUACGCCGUCGGGCUGGCCAUGGCGAACGUCGCCGUGGCCUACUUCGCCCAGGGCCAGCCCGCUUUGCUCUAUUUGGUGCCCUGCACGCUGGGGCCCUUCCUGCACGCGGCGCAGCGGGAUGGUACCUUGCAGACGCUCUGGCAGGGGCCGCCCUCGCUGCUCGAUCCGACGCCGGUCCGGGCGACGCGCGUCGUCGCUUCCGAGCCUUACCAGGCGUCUACGACCGAUGAUCAGAAACCGCUGAUGAUGUCGAUUUAGAUCGAUCGGUGGCGUACAUAAGUGAUGUGUUAC